AUGGAUCAACAAGAUCAAACACAAACCCAACAACAACCACUAUUGCGACAGCGACAGAACCAACCAGCACCAGCGGGACCUCCUAACCUUGUGCAAAUCCUUAUAAGCGGGACUACAAAUAUUUUUGAUAGUCAAACAUUAGCAUCGAAUGCAAACGACAAUAAUAUCUCAAUUUGA